AUGACCACCGUGACAGGGAUUUGCUCUUCCCUCCUGCAGUAUGAAAAGAUCCUGAAGUUGACAUCAGACGCCAAGUUAGAGUCUGGGGACGUGAAAGCCACAAUUGCCGUUCUCAGCUUCAUCCUCACCAGCGCAGCCAAGCACAGCGUGGACAGCGAGUCCCUGUCCAGCGAGCUGCAGCAGCUGGGACUGCCCAAAGAGCAUGCCACAGGGUUGUGCCGAUCCUACGAGGAGAAGCAGAGUCCCCUCCAAGACAGCCUCAGGGCUUGCAGCCUGAGAUUGAGCCAGCUGGACUCGGUUUCCUGGAGGGUGGAUUACACGCUCAGCUCCAGCGAGCUACAGGAGGUCAACGAACCCCUCGUGCACCUGAUGUUCAGUGUGCGGGACAGGGACAGUGGAGUGACGGAGACCGUCCCCAUGGCCGUGUCAGCAGACAAGUUCCGGGUCCUGCUGGCAGAGCUGAAGCAGGCCCAGGCCCUGAUGAAGACCCUCCUCUGAGGAGCAGGAGGAAGGAGCAGCCACAGGAGCUACCCGCCAGUGGAUCUCACGGCAGGACUCAGUGCACCGACUUGGCCCUGGGUUCUGCCCAAGUGGAGAGGGGGAAGAUGACCCUGGCUCUCUCUUUUGCCUGUAGGCUGGUGAUGGGGGCAGCGUUCCCUGCUGCUGCUUCCCUCCUUCCUUCCUCAAAACACUCUAGCCGCCCUCCCGCCUUUCCCCAGCCCUGUUCCCAGGGCCAAGACCGAAAGCGUCUUCCUCUGAGCAGGAACACCCUGCCGCAGCUGGGCUAAAGGCACUGCGGGCAGUCGGUGCCCUGCGGGGUGCAGG